AUGGUUGACUACCGGCAGGGCCUCUCUAUCCUAGAGAUGGUCGUCUAUAUCCCCGCUCUAUUUAUGGCCGUAUCUAUGGGCUUCCGGCACGGUUUCGGACGCCAGGCUGGAUGGUACUUUUUCAUCUUAUUCUCACUCGCCAGGCUGAUCGGUAAUGGCUGCUAUCUGGGCACGAUCAACGACCCUACCAACACGAAUCUAUACAUUGCCUACGCCGUAUGCAAUUCUGUGGGAGUGUCGCCUUUACUUUUGGGCUUGCUGUCUGGAUUAUCGCGAGUUAAUGACUCCAUCCAACGCAAAACCGGCUCCGCAUACUGGCCCGUAUUCUUCCGCCUCGUCGGACUCAUCUCUCUAGUCGGCAUGAUCCUCUCCAUCGUCGGUAUGACUAGUAACGACUCUAGUCUUCAAGCCGGGUACACCAGCAGCACCACCCGCGCCGGUAUUAUCCUCUACAUCGUGGCCUGGGUUGCCGUCGUGUUCUUGACUCUUAUGAUUUGGUUCCGCUAUAAUGUUAUUGAGCGUGGCGAGCACCGUCUUCUUUGGGCCGUGACGAUCAGUGUUCCUAUCCUUCUCAUUCGACUCAUGUACUCGAUUCUGUCGAUUUACAAACAUAAUUCGACUUUCAAUAUGUUUACGGGGAACGUGACUGUUUUCCUUGUUAUGGAUGUCAUUGAGGAGAUUAUCAUCGUCUACAUCGUGAUGUUGACGGGAUUGACUUUGCAGCAAAGAGAGAAAGCCGUCUUCGACGCCGAUAAGGAGAUGUCAAAUAUUACUGCCGGUCCUAUGGAAGGACAUGAGCAACAACGUCUCCACAGCUCGGGAGACGCUGGUCGACGUCCAAAACGUGCAUUGAGAGGUGGUCCGAUUAUGAUGUUGAUUACGUUCAUUAUGAAUAAGGUCGAGCGUCGGACUUGA